AUGACAUAUAUGGCCACAAUUGACUAUGCAGAAGAACAUAUGAGCUGUUACAAUGUUGUGCGAGUUGAUGGGAGUCCACACAGAGUAAGAAAAGUUGUUGAUGACAAGUCAUUGAAUCGUUUGGAUUGUAGUUAUGGAAAAUUUGAGUCAAAUGGUUUCCUAUGUCAGUACAUAUUUGCCAUUAUGAUCUGCAAAAUGCAAGUGUAUGCUACACUACCAGAUAUAUAUGUAUUACGCAGAUGGACAAAAGCUACAAAGAGUUCUACUGGCAUUGGUGAUGUACGGGAUACCUUUGAUAGGGCAAUCGUUCUGAGGCAAAAUACAUUGCACAAGUUGACCUCAAAUAUCAUUGUUGACUCUGUGAUCAAUGAAGACACUUAUAAGUUUGUAGUAGACUCAUUGGAGUCCCUUCAAUGUAAUUUCAAUGCGUUCACUCUCAAAGAUGGAGGACAAUCUUCUGCACUUAGUAUUGCUCUGUCACAACCUGUCUACAAUGAGCCUAAUCAGGUUAGGGCAAAAGGUUAUGGAAAGCGGCUCAAGAGAGGCAAAGAAAAGGCGAUACAGAAAGAUAGACGUUGCAAUGGAAUUGUUGCUAUGUGUUGUUUGGUGUCGGUGACUUACCGUCUAUCAAGGAACAAUUCCCUAUCAGAGAGGUCCCAACUGUAG